UGGCGCCUGCGAGGCCUGCUGAUUGCCGCUGCUGCGGAGCUCAUGCGAGCACGGACAAGAGCUUUGAUUGAGCAUUCGUACGUCUUUUUUAAUCUUCAUCUAUCGACUGGCGUGUCUGUUAUCGGUAUCUGUCCAUCAUCCCUCGCUUUUCUCGCUUGUUUUCUUUCUGUGCGUUGUGUGGUUGAACCAGCUGGACUGACGGGACUCCUCCUCCAGCAAUCACAGCGUCACCAAGAACACCAAGAUGGACCACCCCGGUCCCAAGGCCAUCCCCACGGCGGAGAACUUCCACCACGGCCAUGAGCUCUCGCGAGCGACCUCGCCCGGCGGCGAGCCCGCCGUGGUGAACGGCGAGAGCGAGCAGAAGGCCCGCGUCCGCCCGCGGACGUACCCGUACUUCGACUAUCUGCCCUAUCCGCUCGAGCAGGAGCACGACCGCCAGGGAAGCCUCCGCGAGAUCCUCAAACACCUGUACAUCGCCGUCGAGGCGGGCGACUUUAGCCCCGGCGCGGCUCAUUGGACCCGUGAGCUGCGUGGCUGGCUCUCCCUCAAGUUCGAUCCCAACCGCCGGGACCGUACGAAUCUCGUCCGUCUCUACUACGAGCUCGCUUUGGCUCCGGGCAUCGAUCCGAAUGUUGCGGAACGCUUCGCCAGCAUGUUCAUGCUGCUCACAAAACGCAAGCAUUACCUUCGCCCCGUCAAAGACCUCGUCCUCGACUGGAACCCAUUGUACAAAGAGCUCAAGUCCUUUGUGCUGCCCACCGAGUCCGGCCUGGUCCAUUCGACCAACCUGAAACGCAACAUCAAGACCCUGACCAAGCUGUGUGCCUUUGCCCAGCUGUACUUUGAUCCGUGCGAGCUGCCCGCCAUGCUCGACGAGUUCCUCCCUCACUACACCACCUCCUUCUCCGAGGGCGCCUUCGUCGUGGCGGGCCUGAUCAACCUGAUGCUGCCCACCUCGCCCGCACCGCCCGGCCGCGAGGAUCUACAGCCCCAGCGCUUCCUGCCCACCUACUUCCACCUCUGGUCGCUCGUCAGCCGCUCCAAGACCUUCGACAUGACCUUCCUCGACUUUCUCUCCCGCCUCGCCCGAGACUCGCUGCCCGCCGCACAGGUCUCCUUCUCCGAGUACGGCAUCUUCACCAGGGACCAGUCGGCCCUGAUCUUCACCGCCAUCCUGCGCUUGCUCGAGAUCCCCGUCGGCCAGUCCACCUCGCCCUACAGUGCCCUCGUCGACAUCUCGUCGGGUCUGGGCAUCAUGCUCGACCGGGACUCCAGGAAGCAUCCCGUCGCACACCACAUCGCCCGCUGGGUCGUCAUGUCCUUGUCCCCCGCCUGCCUCGACGCCGAGGACUCGGUCCUGGCCCAGCUCGAGGGUCUCAUCCAGGCCGUCGAGACCUUCUUCCACCCCUCCAACUCCGGCAGCUGGACCAAGACCCUCGCCCAACUCGUCUACUACCUCGCCGACUUCUUCGUCAUGCGCUGGAACCGCGAACAGACCGGCGAGAUGGACGUGCCCCCGGAGCGCCGCCUGACCGAGCCCUUGAAGCGCCGCUUCGUCCUCUGCCUGCGCGACGUCAUCUUCAUGGGCAUCUACGCCAAGAGCAGCACCGCCAUGACCUUCUCCCUCUCCACCUUGCAGAGCCUGGCCUACCUCGAACCCCAUCUCAUCCUCCCGGGCGCCCUCCAGCGCAUCUACCCUUCGCUGCAGGGCCUGGUGGAGGUCCACCGCACCACCUCCUCUCUCCGCGCCCUGCAGGUCCUCGCCCGCGUCAUCACCCGCACCAAGGGCUACCGCUGCCAUAUGACCACCCUGCUGGGCCUGGCGCUCCCGGGCAUCGACGCCAACGACCUCGAAAAGUCCCUGCACGCCCUCUCCUUCAUCCAGUCCGCCUGCUACAAUAUCCCCAUGGCCGACUUGACCCAGGGCCGCGAUGACGUCAACUGCGACAUGCUCGUCCUCGAUUGGAUCGCCGGCGAGAUGGAACGCAUGGAGAGGGACGGCGUCGACAUCCAGCUCAACUACGACACCGACCUGCCCGACGAGACCGAGGAGAUGAUCCUGCGCUCCUCCACCUGUAACUUUGGCGACUUCAUCAUCUCCUUCCUCGGCCGCGUCUUCACCCUGCUGGAGAACCUUCCCGACGUCUCGCGCGUCCGCAACGGCUCCCCCGAGGAGAACAUCGUCAACACCCUGCCUGCGACGUUCAUGCCGCUGCUGGCCUCGCUCUCCCCGGAGUACUACGACAUCGCCCUCUCCAAGAUCGUGGAUUUCAUCUCCAACCAUGUCAUCCACCAGGCCCGUGACGCCAUGGCCUUCAUCUGUAACGCCGUCUGCAAGGUCCACCCGGAGAAGGCUCUCAAGCGCUUCAUCCCCGUCCUCAUCCAGGCCAUCCGCACCGAGAUCGACGACAACGGCGCCGGCUCGACCCGUACCACCGGCACCGACGUCCUGCCCCGCGACCGCGGUCUCGUCUGGAACAUCAGCAUGCUCAGCAUGUGCGUCGUCCAUGUCGGCGACGCCGUGCUCGCCCACCGCCAGGAGCUCUUCGAGAUCGCCGUCUACAUGCAGGACAAGUGCCGCGGCAUCCCUACCGUCCACAUCUCCAACUUCAUCCACCAUCUGCUCCUCAACCUGACGGGCACCUACACCAUGGACUAUGCCCUCUACGAGCCAGACGUCGUCGCCCGCGGCAUCGGCCCGGAACUCUGGAGCUACCGGCAGGACCUGCAGAAGCUGACGAUCAAGUGGCACGUCCCUCAACGGGAGGAACUCGAGUUCGCCGUCGACCUGUUCUCCAACCAGGCCGAGUCGGCCCUGAAACAUCUCACGGGACUCGUCAACGAGACCUCCAGCGUGAAACGUGAUGGUAGCGGUAAAGAUUGGUCCGAUGAGGUCACCCGAAACCUCGUUCUCUUGCGGUUGAUCCUGUCCGGCAUCUCGAUGCUCUUUGAUUCCCAGGCGGCGGCGGCCGCGGCCGCCACCACCACCACCAAGGACAGCGGCCCAGAGGGGCAAACAGGGUCCGCAUCUUCUGGAGACGUGGAAAUGGCGAAUGGUAUAGAGUCAUCGAAUAACAACAAUGAUGAUGAAGAUGAAGAUAUCGAUUCGGACGCUUCGCUCGAUAGCUCCGACGAGGCAACCAUCCGAGAGACCUUCUCAUACCCGGCGGGAUAUCCACUCCCCGAGAGGGAGAACGAUCCGCUCUACGUCUCCAUCCAUGCCUUGCGCGAACGGGCCGGCCAUGUCUUGCACGAGGUACACCGGUUCCUGACGGAGAACCAGGAGGACGACGUGCCGUGUUUCGGGGCGCUGUAUUCCGCCUACCGGUCCUGGUUCAUCGACGUGGGAAUCGAGCGAUCCGCACACGUCCUCGACCGCGUCACCCGCCUCCUGGCCGCGGACAUCCAUCCGUACAAGAUGAGCGGCAUCCGCAAGGACUACCCACGCCCACUGCUGGUCCGUCGGGCGAACGUGUACCAUCUGCAACGGCUGCGGCACAACGCGGCCCCGCGCCCGCGCUCGGCGCUGGACGAGGUCCUCCUGCUGGACUUGGCCGAGUCGUGCGUCUCGCUCUACACCGAGACACGCCGUAACGCACAGAGCGCGGGCGAGUCCGCUCUCCGGGCCAUCUGGGGCUCCCGGCUACUGGUGAUCCCACCCUUGCUACGAGCCCUACAGAGGGGGGUCAAGGAGAACGAUCACGCCCGCAUCAAGGGAGCGCUGUACACGCUCCUCCUCAGCAGUCUGGCCAAGACGGUCGGCCGGCACUGGAAGUACGCGCCCGCCCUCAUCCGCACGUUCAUCGACGCCAGCGCCAUCGACCGCCCCUCUGUUCAGAAGAUCUGCUCCAGCGCCGUCUUCCAGGUCAUGGACUACGGGCGGGCCAUGGAACGGAUGGCCAUUCUGGACCGGGACAUCGUGGAGGCGAUUGCUCCUCCUGAAGAUGUGGACGGGGGCGGCAAGGACCCGCAAGCAGCCAGCGAGAUCAAAGAUGAGAUUGAGCGGAAACGCAAGAGCAUCAACAGGAAGCGGGUGGUGAUUGAGAAGAAGAAGGCCGAUCUGGCGGAGCAGCUGGUGAACCUGGCGCGCGUGGCGCACUGGAAGAUCGCCAGCCGCGCCGCCACGAUAGUGAUCACCAUGGGCCUGCGGUUCGACUACAUUGCGAGCGAGAACCUGGUGGACCUGGUCACGAUGGGGUCGAUCGAUGACCAUCCGGGCCUGCGUGGCAUGUACUCGCAGGCUCUGAUCGCGCUCUUCACCAUGAUCGAUGUGCGGGCCAUCUGCGGCCACGACUACAAGAAGUACAUCCUCGGCCAUCAGACAUUUCCCUCGAAACUGCAGGUGGCCACCAAGCGCCACGAAGAAGGGUGGACCGAGGCGUACCUGGCUGGGUUUGCCAAACCAGAGGCCGAGUACUACGUCGACCACGAUUUCCCGGGCUGGCUGGUCUGGGCCUCGAACAUGCCGGCGUACCGGGCCAACGUGCAGCGGGACAUCGAGUACGACGGCGUGGAGUGGAAGAUUCGCACGCACAUGGGCCAGCUGUUCACGCGCGACUGGUUCUCCAAGUUCUUCAUGUAUCUGAAGCAAGAGCCGCGCGACCCUUCGGCGGACAAGUUCCGCAUGCCGUGCGCGAUGAUGCUGCUCUAUGCGUUUGAGCUCAUGCUCCGGGACGGGCUCACGGCGGCCUCCUUCGCCGACGUCCAGGAGGAGAUCGAGGCCGUCUUCGAGGACGGCAGCGACAAGCACCAGCACCGCGCGACGGCGGAGAUCCUGGGCGCCCUGAUCAGCUCCGUCACGGACUCCAGCGUGGAGAAGCGCACCCUGGUGUGGGAGUAUGCGUUCCCCAUCGUGCGCAAGAUCUUCACGGACGGCCUGACGCCCGAGAAUUCGGGCUACUGGACCACCUUCCUGCACAUGGUGCUGCAGUGCCGCGACCCGCGGCGGGCCUGGCCGCUGGUCGACUGGCUGGCGAGCUUCCGGCUCGACAUGUCCACCAACGCCGCCUUCAAGGAGAGUUCCAAGAUCAACCUGCUGCACCAGUGCAUCAUCGACGCGGGCUGGCACUUCCAGCUGGAGAAGCCGAUCGUCGCCGACUUCCUCGCCCACCUCGACCACCCGUACAAGGGGGUCCGCGAGGCCAUCGGCCAGACGCUGGCCACCAUCUGGCGCACGCGCUACCACGAGUCGUACCGCGACAUUGCCGCGCUGGUGCAGGCCCAGCAGGACGCCUCCUCGGUGGGCACUUACCCUUACCAGCCGACCGAGGACUUCACAAGCACCCUGCGUGAGGUUUUCGAGCGGCUGGAACAGUGGCGCCAGGCCCGGCCCGCGGGGCAGCAGACCCCAUCACCGUAUACGUCCGGCAGCAAGACGGUGCUGCUCUGGCUGGACUCGACGCUCUCGUCGCACGAGUGCACGCAGCUGGUCCCCUUUUUCCCGGACGUGUUUACGGGCCAGCUGCUGCACAUGAUGGACGUCAAGGAGGACCCGGAGCUGCAGUCGCUUGCCUACCACGUCUUCCGCCAUCUGCCCAACAUCCCCUACCCGGCCGAGACCAACUCGGCCUUUAUCCAGUCGCUGAUCCAGAUCGGACAGACGUCGCCCUCGUGGCACCAGCGCCUGCGCGUCAUGAUCAACAUCCAGAUCAUCUACUUCCGGCGCCUGUUCCUGCUCUCGGCCACGGACCGCGAACGCCUGUUCGAAUGCAUCGCCAGCAUGUUGCAGGAUCCCCAGCACGAGGUCCGCGCCGGGGCCUCCGCCACCCUGUCUGGGAUGAUCCGCUGCUCGCCCAUGCAGCUGCGCGAGAUGAUGGUCCAGCGCUUCCAGCAGCGGUUCACAACCACCCUCAUCGAGAACCCCUUGCCCAAGAAACCACGUCACGCCGCCCGCUCGGGUCUCUCCUCGGUCGUCUCCUCGGGCGCCGGCACCCCGACCCCAGAACACACCCGGCUCAUCCUCGUCCGCCACGGCGCCGUCCUCGGGCUGGGUGCCCUGAUCCAAGCGUUCCCCUAUAACAGCCCACCGCCGCGCUGGAUGCCCGACGCCCUCACCACGCUCAGCAUCCGCGCCGCCAGUGAUCCGGGGAUCGUCGGGUCGAGUGUGAAAUCCAUCAUUAGCGAGUUCAAGAAGACGAGGCAGGAUACGUGGCAUAUCGACUGCAAGGCCUUUACCCAAGAUCAACUAGAAGACCUCUCGGGCGUCCUGUGGAAGAGCUAUUUUGCCUGA